AUGCUUAUUUCUCUUCUUAUCUCGGCCAUUUCUUACGCUAAUAUCUUUUUCCGUCUCCGUCACCAACUGCUUCAUGUACAAGGCCGUGUUCACCAACGACAACAACUUCCUCCGAAUGGCGUUGUAUCGUCUGCACUAAAUGUAGCGCGAUACAAGAAAACAGUUUCUGUCAUAUUAUGGAUACAGCUUGGAUUAUUUGCUUGCUACUCUCCUAUUUGUGUUUAUUUAGUUUCGUGGCAUUUUGAAAAGUUUUGGGACACUAAUGUGAUUGACUAUCUCAUUUGUUUACUUUUCAUUAACUCAUCUCUGAACCCCAUUCUUUACUGCUGGAAAAUCAGGGAGGUGAAAGAGGCAGUAAAGGACACAAUUAGACAGUUAAACUGUUGCUGUGAACAAAAUUGAACCUUUGUGUUGUACAAAACAAUGUAAAACUCUUGGAAAAAAAAACAGCUAGACUUAAAUACAAAUUAUGUUCGGACUACUGAAUCGGAUCUCUGUAUCGAGGUGGCAGUUGUUAUUCCUGUGGUCCACAAAAAGUGGCUUUACGCUGGGUGACAACAUCCUGUGUUAAAGGAAUAUUUACUGUCACCAUAGGGUGGGACUAAACCAUAGGCUCUCUUACAAUCAGCGGGACAAAAAAUGCUAAAAAGGAACUACACCAAGAUACUGACCUGUUUUCUAGAUCAAAUAAGUUUAAAGAUAUUGGACACCACUGUACUAUACUGUUCACCGGCUACUGAGCAAAGCUGCAAAGCCAACGAAAAGGAGAACCAGUUGUGGUCUACGACAUGACCCUUUUAAAUGUACAGUUGUUAAAUGUACAAAGCUGUUUAUUAUAGAUAUUUUUAUUUGACAUGUUCCUUUUUUUCUCUUUCGCCUGGGAUGGUCUGGAGGAUUUCUUCCGCUUGACAAAAAUAUUCAAACUUGGAGCAUGUAACAUGAAAAUAGUGUUUGGCGAAGGUUUAUGUAAAGUCAAUAAAAGAAUAAAUUUAACAAAUAAUGACACUUCAUCAGCGAUUUUUUCCGUUUUUCUUUGCUGAAACUUUCCUAACUUCCCUUCUUCAUCGUAAGAUGUUUCUAGGAGAAAAAGAAACGGCCGUCCGAUUAUUGAUGCCCAUUAAAUUCACCACCGAUCUUUUCGUCUCAUCAAUUAGAAGCUGCACGCUACUUGAACAAGAAAUGAUUGACACAUGUCUAGGCAGAUCGAGCUUGUAUCUCAUGAUAACAUCUCUCAUAAAGAAAAAGCCAUGCUGAAAAUUUCAAAUUAAUGGUCCAAAAGAUAAAAAGUUGUUUACUUGGAAAUGCCGGGUUCUCUGUCGUAGGCGUUUGGCUGCGCUACGUUCUUAAUGUUUCUUGUAUUUAUACUAAUUUUGAUGGACGGGCUGCUGACUUCACUCAGUGUUGUUUUUAAGAUAUUUGUCCAUUUAGACUACCAUUUGGUGCGCUGAACGAUAUUGACUGAUGACUUAGCUUAAUAAAAGCGCGCGCUCUGACUGGUUGAUACGCUUGAUCGAUUUGCCUGUGGGCUGCAUGCUGACGUCAGUUUGUUUUCCUAAACGAAACGAAAGAUGUUGAAAGUCUCAAUGUUAUAAAAGAAAUGGUUAGAGUGCAGCGUGCAACAAGGAGCUGUACACGUCCCAAGGAGGCUCCAUAGGGUUUUUGACCGCGCGAGAUCUGAAUGCAAACAUAGCACGAGCUUUAAACGGUGUCAACAUGCAAAACAAACAUGGCGGCUCGAUGCGAUAGCACGAUUGUUAUCUGAAAAGGUGUACUAAAAACAGUAUAAUACAAUUAAGUCUUUAUGCAAUGAAAUCUAGGGUUUCCAGCAAAAGCACUCAUAAUAUUCUUAGGCCUUCUACGCCUGAAAAGAGGUCAACGGAAAAGAAAACACAGUAGGAAAGAUUGCCAGAAGGCGACAGAUUUAAAAGUCUACGCAUGCCCAGAUACUGAUCUUAGCGAAGCUCUAUACCAUUACGUAAUAUUUUGGACGAAGAAAAUAGGGAUCUUUGGAAUAAGAUUUAUCGCGCUUCCUUGGGUGGAAUUUCCUAAGAUUUGCUGGACCGUUAAACAUAUUCGUGCCCUUCCUAGUGCUUGUUGAUAAAAAAAAGUAAGACCAAAUUUGAGAUAGAGAAAGAAAACACAAAAUUGCAAAUAAGGAGGAAACUACUGUUGUGACCCCUAUUUUUUUCGGCUCAUAAAUGAUCAGCAGGAAAAUCUUCACAAAACCGUGAAAAUUUUGAGAGAUCUCACCGAAGCAAAUUGAAGAAAAUCAAAGGCAAAGCCAAAUUAUAGCUGGCGAGCGCCUCCCUUCGUGGAGCCUCAACUUAAAAACGAAAAUCAUUUUGAUAAUGUUUACUACAGUAAACGAUAGUCCGAACCUGACUCAUUGCCUUUUGAUGGCUUUUAGUGACCUUGAAAAGCGAAAACAUCGAAAUUUUCUAGAAAAACAUUACGCUGGCGCGCGCGCCAACAUUGAGCAAAAACCUUAUGAAGCCUCCUUAAACUUCCUUGGAAAAGUGUUGCUCUGAAAGUGUCGAAAAAGAUCGUUAAUGUUUUUUUUUUUCGCCACUUUCGUCAUAAAAUAUUUUUUAUAAAUAAUUGCUUACACUGAUAAGCACUGCUUAUAAAGAACAAAUUAAUUUGAAUUGGCAAGAUAUUAAACGAAGCGGGCGUCAGUUUAUUAUCUUUUGGGCAACGUUCUAAUUCUUCUUGCUCUGCACGAAAUGACCUCGAUUUAUCCUCUAACGAAACUUUUGUUUCGAUGUUUGGCCUGUUGGCAGUCACCGAUCUUUUUUGUUGGACUGAUAACACAACCGCUGUUAACAGUGACGCUUCUUCGCGAAGAAAUAGUGUACUUCAGCGAAAAGGCUUUGAAAUCUUAUAUUAUACGAUAAAUUUAUACGAUACGAAAAUUAUACGACAUAUACAAAUUCACACCAAGGGGAAAAUAGCACGCAAAUAAUCCAAGCUGUACCCAUGCUAUAGUAGAAACUGUUUUCUUGUAUCAUGCUACAUACACUGGAAUUGACAAGAAGUAAAAUGAAGCGUGCGUCAAUUAUAUUUUCUAAAUGUUUACCAUCAGAUGGAGAUCUUUCAUCUGUUAACAUGACUAAUGUAGUCGCUAUACUUCGAAAUAUUAAUAAAUUAAUCUCAAUAAUAAAUUCACUAACCAUUAGAAGUUUAAAUUUUAAAAUAGUCUCAAUGACCAUCGUAUGAAUCAGUGUGAAUAUGAAAGCAAUCUUCGCAAUCAUGAACACUACUUCAAUUGGUAGUACUGAAAAUGAGGAAUAAAAAAAAUUCAUGCCUGUACGGGAUUUGAAAGCAACUGUAGCUUCUUCCCGUGAUGAUUUUAAGAUAAUUGUCCAUUUGGUCUAACAUUUAUUGUGCUGAAUGAUAUCGAAUUUCAGUAUAGUCUACACUGAGUAAAUUGACGGGAAGGGAAGGGAAUUAGGUAGCAUGCAUGUAUUUUGUAGCUUUCUAAGUCAUGGCUUGCAUUGUCGACAAGAAGAUGUAGACAUAGAAGCCUAAAGGCGUUAUAGAUGUAGACUUGUAAACGCUAUUUCAAAUAAAGCUUCCAUGCAAAAAAAAACAAAACAAAACAGAAAAAGACUGUAUAUCUAGCUGAAAGUGUGAAAAGAAUGAGAAAUAGGGUUUUUUCCAUUUCCUUUGUAAUAUUGCUUUUGAAUAACUAUUUAUACUUAAUUUAUUAGCACUGCUUAUCAAAAAAGAGUAGUUUCUAUUGACUAAAGAAAUGAAACGAGGCGUUCCAAACAGUUUUAUUUCCAUAUGUUCACCAGGAGCACGAUUUUAAGAUUUGCUGGAACGUUAAACAUAUUCGUGGCCUUCCUAAUGCCUGUUGAGAAGAAAAAUCAUAAGACCGAAUUUGAGAUAGAGAAAGAAAACACAAAAUUGCAAAUAAGGAGGAAACUGCUUUUGUGACCCCAACUCUGUUCGGCUUAUAAAUGACCGGUAGGACAAUCUUCACAAAAACUGUGAAACUUUUGAGAGAUCUCACCGAAGUAAAUUGAAGAAAAUCAAAGGCAAAGCCAAAUUAUAGCUGGCGAGCGCCUCCCUUCGUGGAGCCUUAGCUUAAAAACGAAGACCAUUUCCAUAAUAUUUACUACAGUAAACGAUAGUCCGAACCUGACUUAUUUUUUUUGAUGGCUUUAAGUGACCUUGAAAAGCGAAAACAUGAAAAAGUUUCUGGAAAAACAAAACUCAAUGUUGGCGCGCGCGCCAACAUUGAGCAAAAACCCUGUGAAGCCUCCUCAAACUUUCUUGAAAAAGUGUUGCUCUGAAAGUGUCGAAAAAGAUCGUUAAAGUUUUUUUUUUUUUCGCCACUUUCGUCAUAAAAUAUUUGUUAUAAAUAAUUGCUUACACUGAUAAGCACUGCUUAUAAAGAACAAAUUAAUUUGAAUUGGCAAGAUAUUAAAUGAAGCGGGCGUCAGUUUUAUUUUCUUUUGGGCAACGUUCUAAUUCUUCUUGCUCCGCACGAAAUGACCUCGAUUUAUCCUCUAACGCUAUUUCCUUCAUAAAAUAUUUUUUAUAAACAAUUGCUUACACUGAGAAGCACCGAUUAUAAAGAACAAAUUAAUUUGAAUCUACAAGAUAUAAAACGAACCGGGCGUCAGUUUUAUUUUCCAAAUGUUCACCAGGUGAAGAAGUUUCAUCAGUUAAACUUACUAAUGAGUCGCAUUAAUUGCCAAAAAAAUUUAUUUGUUAUCUCAAAAAUAAACUAAGCAACCAUUCAAAAUUUUGACUAAUAGCAGAUGUUAUGUAGAGCCAUUUGCAAUUACGCUUAGCCCAUAAGAGCACCUACAGGCGCCAUACAAAUUGACUUAUUUACGACAUUUACACAACAAACAAACCGAUCAACACGACUAAACUUUACCGAUGGAUUGCAGCUAGCCAAUCACUACCCACUUACGCUACUUGAGUUUCUCAGGCAAAAUAAACCAAUCACUUUACACAAAUUGGACUUACUACACUGGACUUACAACCAGCAGGAACAUUUACAGUGGUCAACAUCUCCCUUACCGACAAAAAUAUUCUCUGCUGCCGUAAGAGAAAUGCUCAACACAACCGAUGACUAUACAAACUUCUCAUUUGAAGUAGGUCAUCUGUCAGGUGGGAGAUUUGGAAUGUCUAUGGCUUUUACAUUCUUGAACGUUGUUUUGUCUAUGACUGCGUCAUUGGGCAACUUUCUAAUCCUUCUUGCUCUACACAAAGUGACUUCGAUUUAUCCUCCAACGAAACUUUUGUUUCGAUGUUUGGCAGUCACCGAUCUUUUUGUUGGAGUGAUAACACAACCACUGUUUACAGUGACGCUUCUUCGCGAAGAAAUAAUGUACUUCAGCGAAAAACUCUUUGAAAUCACUAAUUUUAUACGAGAAGUAUCUAGUUUUUUUCUUUGUGGAGUCUCCGUCUUGACAUCAACAGCAAUAAGUGUGGACAGACUUCUCGCGCUGUCGAUGGGUCUGAGAUACAAACGGGUUGUUACAUUAAGGCGGGUGCAAGCGCUCAUUAUCUUCCUUUGGCUUCUAGUUGGUGCCUUAGUUGGAUUCGGCCUCAUUUUAUUUGUUUUGUUUUUUGCACAGGCUGUUUUGAUUCUUAUUUCUCUUAUUAUCUCGGUCAUUGUUUACGCCAAUAUCUUUUUCCGUCUCCGCCUCAACUGCUUCAUGUACAGGGCCAUGUUCACCACCAACAACUGUCUCCCAACGGUGUUUUACCGACUCAAUUGA